GGAAAUUAUCAGUUAAAAUGACAGUCGCAGUAUAAUUCUUAACAAGAAACAGUAUUAAUAUACGUGCUUUAUAUUAAGUUUAAAAUGAAUUCCCUUAGAGUUCUCGCAAGAAAUAUGAGUCAGAAGUGGGAGCCCUUAAAAAAAGUGGGCAUAAUUGGAGUGCCAUUUGAAAAGGGUCAAAAGAAAUACGGAGUCAGUAUUGCACCGGCCGCUAUCAGAUCAGCAGGACUCAUCGAACGACUCAAGGAAAUCGAUGGAAUAGAUGUUAAAGAUUACGGUGACAUUGACAUUCCGUCAUGCAAUGAACCAGUAAAUGUGGAUAAUAUGGCGCAUCUCUCUCUAGUAUCAGCUUGUAAUAAAAAUCUUUCCAAUAAAGUAUCACAAGUUCUCAAAGAUGAGAGAGUAGCUGUUACUAUUGGCGGAGAUCAUUCGAUUGGCGUUGGAACCGUUGACGGUCACUAUAGAGUGAAUGAAGAUAUGAUCCUCAUAUGGGUCGACGCUCACGCAGACAUUAACACAAACAAAACGUCAGACUCCGGCUCAGUUCACGGCAUGCCCGUUGCGUUGCUCGUCAAGGAGCUAUCGGACUACUGGCCUUACCUACCAUCGAUGGAUUGGCAGAUUCCUAAAUUUUCUAUAAAGAAUCUAGGAUACGUUGGCUUGCGAUCUGUAGACGAAUACGAGAGGCUGGCAAUAGAAAAAUACGACGUGCCCGCAUUUGCAAUGGAAGAUAUCGAGGAGCACGGCAUACAAAAAUCUAUAAAUCACAUUCUUCACCGUAUCGACCCUGAAGGGAAAAAGCCGAUCCACGUCAGCUUCGACAUUGAUUCCUUGGAUGCGUUAGAAGCCCCCAGCACUGGUACUCCGGUCCGCGGUGGCCUUACACUUCGAGAAGCUAUCCAGUUAAUGGAAAUUAUCCACGGGACGGGUCGACUUCGUGCCAUUGAUCUCGUGGAAAUUAAUCCUGCUCUCGGCAAUGAUGCGGACCGAAAGAGGACUAUUGAUGCAGGUUUAUGUGUACUGCGAGCGGGUUUGGGUUUCUCCAGGCGCGGUACCAUACCGAGCGGCAUUUUAGAUCUACCUGUACAGACGCCACAAUCUAAUUGAUGCCGUUAUAUACCAUGAAGCAAAUUUGAUAAGACCUUGGUCACUCGAGCAUUAUUCUGUUUUGUC